AUGCCUCUUCAGAAGCAUCGUUACGAGAGGACUGGGCCGGUCGAGGGUGGCCUCCAUCGGCUGAGUCGGUUGCAGACAUUUUCAUUUGAAACCCGCACAAAUAGCACCCCUAUAAUCGGCCUGGACAGUAUCCUACGUUUAAACCAUCCAAACCAUUCGACGGAGUCACUUGACUCUCUGUUGGAACGACCUUUCGAGGAGGACGCUGCGGAAGAGGGAGCAGCCGAAGACAGCAACGACGGCAACUUGAAGCAGAACCCAAACCUGGUUACCUGGGACGGCCCCUACGACAUCGAGAACCCUCUGAACUGGUCUGCCAGUCGGAAGUGGACGGCGACCAUUCUGGUCUCCUGCUUCACCUUUAUCUCUCCCUUCUCGUCGACCAUGGUCACACCGGCCCUCGAAGAUAUAGGAGAUCAAUAUGACAUACCCGAGGGCUUUGCCAGAGCAUUAGUCCUCUCAAUAUUUCUGCUUGGAUUUGCGCAAGGACCGUUCGUUCUUGCCCCCUUGUCGGAGUUGUUUGGCCGCGUCAGGGUCCUCCAGUGGGCCAACCUGAUUUAUUUGGUUUUUAAUACUGUGUGUCCCUUUGCAAAGACCAAGGAACAGCUCUAUCUCUUCCGGUUCUUGAGUGGUAUCGGUGGGAGUGCACCCCAAGCUCUAUGCAAUGGAGUAUUGGCCGACUGCUGGCGCAAAGAGGAACGAGGCAAGGGUCAGGCCAUCUACGGCAUGCUCACCUUUAUCAGCCCGACCGUGGCACCGAUCAUGGGCGCCUAUGUCGUCGCCAACGACAAGAUCUACUGGGGCUGGAUCUUCUGGAUAACAUCCAUCUUUGAUCUCCUGGUUCAGGUAGCGGCAUUCUUCUUCCUCCGAGAGACAUAUGCUCCGAAGAUCCUGGGGGACAAGGCCAAGAGGCUCCGCAAAGUUACAGGAAAUGCCGAGCUCAGGACGGAGUACGACAACCCCGACCGGAGCUAUGCCAGUAUUGUCAGGAGGCGGCUCGUGUUGCCUUUCAUUAUGCUGUUUGCACAUCCUGCCAUCCAGUUUCCUAGCCUUUAUAGGGCCUUCCUAUACGGUAUCAUGUACCUGGUUCUCUCGACGUACGAACAAGUAUGGGACGGCAUUUACGACUUUGAUAAGGGCCCAGCGAGUCUGAAUUACUUGUCACUAGGUGCCGGAUUCAUCGUGGGACUACAAAUAAGCCAUCCAGUGAUGGAUAAGUUAUACGCAUAUUACCAACGUCGCUACAAUACCACAGACGGCCUACCAGAAUGGCGCAUCCCGCCGAUGGUCAUAGGCGGCGUACUGGCACCCGCGGGCCUCUUCUUAUACGGGUGGUCCGCCCAGAACAAACUCCACUGGGCAGUUCCGAACACGGGCUGUUUUCUGCUCGCCGUGGGCCUCAUCAUUGCUUUCCAAUCUGCUCAGGCAUACGUCACCGACGCCUACGAUCACCGGUAUGCUGCAUCAGCAGCCGCGGUGGGGGCCUUCAUGCGCACGAUGGCAGGGUUUGGGUUCCCACUCUUCGCGCCGCGGAUGUACGAGGUCAUGGGGCUGGGCUGGGGCAAUACGUUCCUGGGACUCAUGACCAUUCUGAUCGGGAUCGGCUCGCCUGCAGUCCUAUGGUUCUACGGCGAGAAGCUGAGGAAAUGGAGCACCAAGGGCCUGUGA